AAAAAUUACUAUUACAUUAUUGAAUGAUGCACAGCCACAUCACUAAAUAGAUUCAGGUAACAGAAGAGAUGAACGUCUCAACUCUAACAAUGCUUUUUGCUGAAAACAAACAUUUAUCGUAAAAUUUGAUUGUAUUUUUCAUGUAUAAUUACAGAUUCCUGUAGCUCACCAUUUUACAUAACAAUGGCUUUAAAACUUUUAUCAAAUGUGUCGAGGCCUGGAUGCUCUCUUCUUUCUAUAUGUCUUCAGACAUCCCCAUUAAGUCAGUCAGUUCUGAGAAUGCAAAAUGCUUUUCAUACUAGUAGUUUAUGCUCUAAAGUAGAAGGUUGGCUGAAUCAGAAUGAUUGGGUUUAUCCACCUUUGAAGCCUGGAGAAGAAAGAAGACCAGCAUGGGUCUGCCAUGUGAGAGAAAAUAUUAAAUAUUCUCCAAAAAAGAUGUGGUAUGUAGCUUGUCUGGUGAGAGGAAUGUCUGUUGAUGAAGCUAUAAAACAAUUGUCGUUUGUUCGAACGAAGGGAGCACAUAUUGCAAAAGAGGUAAUUGAAGAAGCACAAAAUUUAGCUGUCCAAGAACAUAAUGUAGAAUACAAAAGUAAUCUGUGGGUUGCAGAAUCAUUUGUUGGAAAAGGGCAAAUAAUUAAAGGUAUAAGAAAACAUGCAAAGAUGAGAUUUGGUAUUAUACAUUACAGAUAUUGCCAUUACUUUGUCCGUUUAGUGGAAGGACCACCACCAAAGCAUUACUAUACACCAGAACUUACUGGUAAUGAAAAACUGGAAGAAUAUUUUGCUGAACUAAGAGCAAGGAGGAUACAUAGAACAUUAUGAAAAUGUUAUUCCUGCUACAAAAUAAUCAUUAUAUAUUUCUUUUAUCAAUAUAUGUUUUAAUUUUUGUUUGGAAUUUUCAGCUCUUUCCAUAGUGUAAUAAAAUGCUCAUCUUUUGUAGCAAAAGGUAUAUAGGAAAAAAUAUAUCUUAAUAGUGUA